AUGAAAAGGGCGAGAACGGGAGAGGAGGGAGAGCUGGACAGCGUGAACAUGGCGAGCGUGCUGAUGCUGCUAUCCCGCGGCGCCGGCAGCGAGGAGGCGACGCACCAAUCGGGGCGGGUCUUUGAGUGCAAGACAUGCAACCGGAAGUUCCCGUCCUUCCAGGCGCUGGGCGGCCACCGCGCCAGCCACAAGAAGCCGCGGCUCACCGCCGGCGACCAGAACGGCGCAGCGCAGCAGGCCCACGCCGGCAAGCCGAGGGUGCACGAGUGCUCCAUCUGCGGCCUCGAGUUCUCCGUCGGGCAGGCGCUGGGCGGCCACAUGCGGCGCCACCGAGCCGCCGCUGAGGGCUUCACCCUCGCGCUGCUUGAGAAGAAGCCUUCCGCCGUCGAGAAGGAGAAGAAGGGCGGUGCCGCCGUCCCCGCCCCCCGGUGCCUGGACUUGGACCUGAACCAGCCACCGACGGAUAGCGAGAUGGACUUCCGAUCUCUCCCUUUCGGCCUCGGUUUUCCCAUGGUCGGCUGCUUGUAUUGA